AUGAACUCGCUCCCGGGGGCAUCUGCCACCAGCUCGGCGCCCAACAGCACCGAACUCAUGAUCGCCCUCUCGCAGAUCCAGCAGCUGAUCCCACUGCUCGACUUUCGACCGGGGGGUCUGACGCACCUUUUGCCCACCCUUCUGACGCCGUUGCUGCCGACGAGCGAUGCGACGGCGAUGCAGGGUUACCGGGCGAGUGUCGAGCAUGCCUUUCGGGUUGCGGGCGAGCUGGUGGCGCGCGUGGGCGACGGGAGUACGCCUGCUGGCGCCGCGUUGGAGUUGGCUGAGCGGUUGAUGAGGGAGGGCGACGAGGGAGCAAGAGUGCUGCGCGUCCGCAAGAAGAGGAGGUUGCUGGCGGAGCAGGAGAAGGCGAUGGAGGCGAAUGCGUGGGGACCGAGCGUGCCGGUGAGGGCAAAAGACGUCAAGGCGGAUGCGGAGAAGAAGGAGGGCGCAGAGCAAGGGGCGGUGGAAGUAUCCGCCUUUCUGCCGUCCCAGAACCCAGCGAAUACUGUACUCGCGACAUCACAGCAGAACGUGCCACCACCAACAACAGCGCAGGCGGUGGGGAAGUAUCUCACUGCGCUGCACGCAUACCUCCAGACGACGGUCGAUAAAGGGUUGGCGCCACAAACGGUGCCGCUCAAACAGGUCAAGGCGCGCAUCACCGCAUUUGCACCGCAGGGCUUCACACUGGAGGUGCAGAUCGCGCAGGUGAUCAAGGCGGUCAUCGAGGCGAGCUUCACGUACUGCUCCACGGCAGACGACGCAAACGAGGAGCGAGAGCUGCAGAGCGUCGAAGUGGCAGCUCUCACAUUGGGCGGGGUCAGCGAGACCAUUACAUCAACAACACCAAGCGCAUACCCAAUCUUCCGCACGCUAUCCACCGACCUCCUCACUCAAACGCAAAACGCGGUCCCUUCCCUCACCGCCGCCACGUCGGCAGACGCAAGGAUAUGGACAGCCUACACGCCGAUCACCGAGACCAUCACCCGUCUCAUUCUCGCCGCCGCGCACUUCCAGUCGUGA